AUGCCUAUGCAGACCACUGAACCGACCGAAAAUCUCGAGGUAGUGCAACUGUUUAACAGCCUCACUGUACUAUCCCUCGGCGAGAUUACUGUCCAGAGCUCUACCCCAUUCGAGCUUUCGGUAGGGUGCGAAUGGCCGAUCAUCGUGUCUAGCCGCUCUCCGAUCACACUCACUUCUCUUCCCCGUACAGCGACCCGUUCAGUGCCAAGGUUGCACUUCGCUGCAAAAGACAACCUUGACUCUCGCUUCGCCGAAGGCUGGAAGAAGUUACCGGACGAGCUAAAAGUUCGAAUACUUCGGUACAAUCUUACCGUGGAUGAGCCCAUUCAUUAUUGCCGCACGACAGGGGGCUGGCCCUGGGGGCAAGUACUGCUACCCCACUACCUCCUCAUGCCCCUCGAGAUCGCAGGCAUAGCACACGAAGUAUUCUACAAGACCAACACCUUCUUUCUGAAGCCAGGUCGUUCAAACGCAAGCUUCCGCUAUCCCAAUCUCCCAAACAACCAGUACGUGCGGCGCCUUGUGUUCCAAGUCAAGCCCGAACGGCCUCAUUGGAAGUACGUACCCAAACUAGCAAGCGGCGAGUACGGCUUCGCAAACCUAGACUAUGUUCAAAUCCAGCUCGACUGGACAGCGCCUCGCGAAAACCCCUUGCUGUCUCUACUUUAUCUCGCGCGUCAAAAGGCCGUGUUCAAAUGCGAUGGAGAUUUGGAGUUUGUCUAUUGGCAUGAGCCAGGCAUGAGGGUGUACGACUCGGAUACCGAGAAGUUGCUCGAGGAUGCAGAAUUCAGAGUCCGAGACAUAGUCGCCUUCAACAUGAAGUGA